AUGGCCAGCACAACCCCUCCACAUCCUUGCGUUCCAUCACUGUUGGAUAUGCCGCCGGAGAUCUUGCAAGACAUCUUCUGGCGUUCUCUUGAGCUGAGCCUCUGUCACGUGUCCAGACGAAUGUACCAGACGCUGCCAAGUUACCCGCGGCUUGCUCGAUUUCUUCCCGUGUUGGCCUUUGGCUCAGACCUCGUACUCGAUAAGAUCAUCCAUAACGAUGGGGAUGACUGUUCUGAUGUUGUCAAGAAGCUGUCAAUAGCAACGCCACUUAGUGACAAAGAUCGGGUGACGCUGCAGCUGACUAUCAUGGACAGUGGGUGGUUCGACUUCUCCAACUUUGUCGAGAUCUCACAUACCCUCGAGGAGUACUUGAUACAACAGUUCUGGGUUGAGAAGGGUAUUAAGACGGAGCCUGAUGAUGUGGAAGAGUACGAGAAGCGCAAUGCUAAUCUGAGUGAUGCUUUGCGCGUCCGUGGUCGCACUCAGGAUGGCCAACUAUGUCAACUAUCUGUACAAUCUGUGGAGGUCAGUGUGCUCUACUAUGACGAAAGCGAGAUGAUGGGGACAGAACUACUUUUUGAAGAGGACUACCGAAUGCUACACAUACGAUGCAUUCCAAACAGGAUAUUGAAAGCACCUCUUGCUCCUGCGGACAACGAUCUCCCCCUUUGGCCCUAUAUCCUUGAUGACCGCCGCCUCUUUCAUACUAAUAUAAUUGGACCAGUAGGCAACUUUUGGCGCCUCAUCUGGGGAAUGGGUAGAUUUAGGGCGGAUGAUCCGGAUUAUAUGAAGCGUGUUGUGGUCUCGCCUCAGGCAGUGGAGCUUGCGAUCUCCGAGGCAGUCUCGAUAUCAAAUCACUAUGUCCUCGGAGGAAUCCUCCGCCUGCCCCUCACUGCAGACGGAGAGGGCACACUACAACCGGUAACAGCCGAACAUUUCAUUGCUGCAGCCCGUCGUUCUGACCGCAAUGCGAUACGUGUGAUGUGGAAGCAAGGCUACAGUGUAUUCCCGUUCAACAAUGGUGAGGUGAUCGACUGGAUGCACGAUCCUGACAUCGAAUGCGCCGAUAGUACCUGCCGCACCAUGGAUUUUGUCGACCAGCUGCGGCGGUUCAAGCGGGAAUUGGACGAGCAAAGGGAGCCCAACCAUUGGUUUCGCUGGCCGUAUCUGGGCGUGUGCAGCUGCUGUGAAGAGCAUCGAAGGUUGCGUCGUGGGUAUGCUAUCAAUGACAAAGUCGCCGCUCAUAUCGUGAGAAGUCGAUGA